GCACUCCCUGUCCACCAUUAACCUCCUGUCCAACCCGUACGUGUGUGAUUGUCAUUUGGCCUGGUUGGGUCAAUGGCUGAAAAAGACCAGGGUGGUCAGUGGAAACCCUCGCUGUCAGAAGCCAGCCUUCCUGAAGGAGAUUCCCAUCCAGGAUGUGGCCACCCCAGACUUCACAUGCGACGGUGCUGAGGAUAAUGGUUGUCUUCCUGCGUCUGGUUGUCCUGACGUCUGCACGUGCUCAGAUGGCGUGGUGCGAUGCAGCAACAGAGGGCUGCACUCUCUGCCCAAGGGCAUUCCCAAGGACACCACAGAGCUUUACCUGGAAGGUAAUAUGCUGACAUCUGUGCCCAAGGAGCUGGCAGCCCUGAAGCAGCUGUCACUGGUGGAUCUCAGCAACAACAGCAUCAGCACAGUGGCCUCAUACACCUUCAGCAACAUGACUCAACUAGCCACACUCAUCCUCAGUUAUAACCAGAUUCGCUGCAUCCCGGUUCAUGCCUUCGACGGUCUCAAGUCACUACGCCUUCUCACGCUCCAUGGUAACGACCUUUCAACCAUACCAGAAGGAGCUUUCAACCACCUCACCUCUCUGUCCCACCUGGCUCUUGGUGCCAACCCUCUGUACUGUAACUGUGACCUGCGCUGGCUCUCUCAGUGGGUCAAGGCUGGCUUCAAAGAGCCUGGUAUUGCUCGUUGUACUGGACCUCCUGACAUGGCUGACAGGCUACUGCUCACCACACCACUCAACAGAUUUCAGUGCAAAG